AUGGGAAACUGCUGCCUAAAGCCUGUAGAUAAUCUUUCUACCACUAUUAAGCUUUCUAACCCUCCUGCAGCAUCCAAGAAACCUAGUACUUCUCUCAUCAAUAACGCCAAGGUGGUUCAUGCCGAGGGAACCACGAACGGUGGCGGCGGCGGUGGUGCUGGAAAAGAGGAAGUGGCAACAAGUGGGAAAAUUAUAACACCCAAUUUGAAAAUGUACAGUUUUGCGGAAUUGAAAAGCACAACGAGAAAUUUUAGACCAGAUACAAUAUGGGGGGAAGGAGGAUUUGGUAGAGUUUUCGAAGGUUGGGUUGAUAACAAGACAUUAGCUCCUUCUAAAGUUGGCAUCGGAAUGGCAGUUGCUGUCAAAAAAUCUAAUCAAAUAGCCUGCAAAGUCUCAAGGAAUGGCAGUAAAAAUUUAAGUUAUAUAUACGGACAGUUGAAAAACUUGUUGGAGAAAGUUGAUCAUAUAUUUCAACAGUGA